GGAAACCGCACACCUUUGGGCGUCAAUAUCUCUAUCUAUAUAUUAAAGCUAAACCCUAAAACCUCGCGCGACUCGAAACCAAAACCAAAACCCAGAUAUACCACCCAAUCACUGCCGCAAUGGCAGAAGAGAAAAAGUCGCGGUCGAAGCGGACCAGCUCCAAGUCCAAGCGCACCAGGGACGUCGAGACUGAUGUUGACGCCGAUGUCAACAUGAAAGAUAUGGAUGCGAAGCAAGAAGAGGAUAGCAAGGAAGACGCUACUGAGAAUGGCAAAUCCAGUGGUGACAAGAAACAGCGCCGGAGCAAGAAGCGGAGACUCGGCGAAGAUGAACAGGAGCAGGAUGGAACGACUACGUCGGUGAAUGGGGAGGUAAAUGAGGGAGAGGAGGAGCGCAAGAAAAAGAAGAAGAAGAAGGUUUCUUUUUCAACGGAGGCUAAGGUGAAAUCCCCGUCUCCGUCGCCAAUGGAGGAGGAUGAGGAAGCGGAGGCAGACAACGAGAACGCGGGUGCGAGCAAAAAGGAGAAGAAAAAGAAAAAGAAGGAAAAGAGCAAAAAGAAUGCAGAAGGCUCUACGAAUAAUGACUCGACAAGUUCAGGAUCCAAAAAUGGCGAUUCACCUGUCCUUGCCUAUCUUGAUCAAUACCAUAACGACCGGCCAGCGUGGAAAUUCCAAAAAAUCCGCGAGAUACAGCUCUUCAAGCAUAUUCUGUCGCUGGAGCAUGUUCCCACCGCAUAUGAGGCAGCUCUCCUUUCCUACCUGCAAGGAUUGAGGGGCGACGCGGCUAAGCAACGCUUACGCGAGAUAGCCCAGGCCGCUGUGAAGGCGGAUGUAGAGGAAACAAAGGAGACCAACGUCGACAAUGCUGAAAAGUCGUCUGAUGAACCGGCGCCGUCACCCACGGUAAAUUAUAGGAAAGCCAUCUACGCUUUGCGAACAAAGUUGACUGAGGGGGAAUUGACCGAGGAUCUGGGCGAGUCUUUUGAGCAGCUGGAUACAGAGAUGCUCGAAAGGUUCCGAAAGAGGCGACGUGCAGAGAUUGUACUAUUUGCUGUUGACGGAAGGGUCUUCACCAUGUCGAAUCUGAAGGCGCCACCGCAGAAGGGCAAGAACGCCCAGAACCAGUCCGCGAAUAAAAAGAAGAAGAAUCGAACUGCUUUUGUGGACAUCUCGAGCAGCAGCGAGAGCGACAGCGAAGACGACGAAAAAGCGCAAAAGAAGUCGAAGAAGGAACAGCCAGUCCAAAGCAAACCUGCUAAUAAGAAGAAGAAGAACAGAACGGCUGUCGUGGAGAUUUCAAGCAGCGAGAGUGAAAGCUCCUCUUCAUCCGAUUCAAGCAGUGACAGCGAUUCGGACAGCUAGGCUCAUCUUCAUCUUCGUCAUCAUAAUUAUCAGAGGUCGUACUUGCCCCAUCCUGCCAUUUUCCGGCUCGAGUUACCACUUCCUAUUGAUAUAUUACCACUCUUAACCCACUUCUGGAGUGCCAAAAGUUCUGAUAUCCUGAUAGCAUCACGGCGUUCUCAUAUUUGGUGCCCAUCUAACCAACGGUUCUGGCGUAAAUUUGUUGUUUUUAGACGCAAAAAAUAACGAUAGAAAUCACCCACAUCAAAUGUAUAUAUUCAUCAGAAAAACAUUAAUUCGUAGACAGAUAUCUAUAUCUAUAGAUCGAGC